AUGGACACAUCGAACAACGUGAGUGCCCCAUCUACGGGUAGUAGAUCGCCCAAUAAGUACGAUUUCCAUCCCUGCAGGCCUCUGAAUGCACGCAAGCGAUGCAUACGCUCCGCAGAGGUUGUGGAUGUGCUCAAUCCACGCGAGAUCCUCACACGCCACACCCUCGACUCGAAGUUGACGAAGAAGUUUACGUUUGAUCGGAGCUUCGGCCCCGAGUCCAAGCAAUGCGAUGUCUAUGCGGUGGUGGUGUCGCCCCUGAUCGAAGAGGUGCUAAGCGGCUACAAUUGCACGGUGUUUGCGUACGGACAGACGGGUACUGAACAGAACAGAACAGAAAUAAGGUUAAAACUGGCACAGGGAGAGCUUUUGGUCGUGGCUCACCCAAUUCCUGGCUCAGAUGCUGCUUGGAGAUUGCUGCUCCAGAUUGUCCUGCAUGCGAUCCUUGAACUGAACGCAGGCACUGCGCAGCUUUUCAUCGGUGUCCCUUCGCCGUUCGAUGGUGCCAUGAAGCUGCUCCGUUUCAUUGGUGGCCAAAUCUGCCACGGUCAGGAUUUUGUGCGCCUGCGUCGUGAGCGUCUCCUCCGUUUUCAUGCAGAUGAGCAGCAGCGGGAUGCCGACGAUGGCAUAGAAAUCGUUGUCACCUUGCCCCAGUCGGAUUUUAAGGUCUUUUAA